UCUCUGCUAAGCGUCAGUGCCAUGACAACAGGACGAUGGCUGCAAGCAAGAGGGUGAGAAAUGUGAUGUUUGUGUGACCGAGAAGUAACGAAUCUUCGACAUUUUUCGGACUGGGUCAUUCCUGUGAAGAGGCAGCAUGUCUCUGUUCAAGGCACGUGAUUGGUGGUCAGCAACACUUGGCGAAGGGGAGGAGUUUGACCAGGGAUGCCUGUGUGUUGGAGACGUGGACAACAGUGGCACUGGACAUGACAAAGUUGUAGUGGGCAGUUACAUGGGGAUGCUGCGAAUCUUCUCCCCACAUGCCAGUAAGACUAGUGAAGGAGGUCCAGCUGAUGCCCAGCUGCUUGAAGUUCAGCUUCAAAAUGCCAUCAUCCAAGUCGAACUGGGCAAGUUUGUUUCGUGUUCAGAGCUUCUUCAUUUGGCUGUUCUCCACCCCAGAAAGCUGUCAGUCUACUCUGUUUCAGGCACUGCAGGGAACGUGGAGCAUGGUGACCAGUACCAGCUCAAGUUGGUUUAUGAGCAUAACCUGCAAAGAACAGCCUGCAACAUGACUUAUGGCACCUUUGGAGGAGUCACGGGUCAUCAUUCCCUCUGUAUCCAGUCUAUGGACGGGAUGCUGAUGUUCUUCGAGCAGGACAGCUACUCUUUUGGCAGGUUCCUCCCUGGUUUUCUGCUGCCUGGCCCACUGACCUACAACCCCAGAACAGACAGCUUCCUCACUGUAUCCUCUGCACGAGAGCUGGAGAGCUACAAGUAUGAGACUCUCGCUGUGGCUACAGAAGCAGAAAGUCGACAGGAUCCCAACUUACCCCUUAAGACUGGAGGCAAGAGGCUGACGCCUGACUGGGUAUUUGUCCUGGGAGAGCAGGCCCUGGAUCUCUGUGUGCCCUCUUUCUCCCAUGCUUCUUCCCACAUCUUCAUCCUGGGUGAGAGGAACAUCUACUGUCUCCGUGACAAUGGGCAGAUCCACUUCAUGAAGAAGCUGGAGUUCAACCCCAGCUGCUUCCUGCCAUAUGCCUCAGUGACAGAUGGCACUACAAACCUGUUGCUGGGUAAUCACACCAACAUGCUGCUGGUUUACCAGGAUGUGACCUUGAAGUGGGCAUCCCAGCUCUCCUUUAUCCCCGUGGCUGUGCGUGUUGCCAACUUUUUGGAUGUGAAGGGAGUCGUGGUCAGUCUGAGUUCAGAUGGUCAUCUUCUGUGCUCUUACAUGGGUACAGAUCCCUCUUUCUUUUCAACUCCGAAGGUGGAUGCCAGGGAGGCUGACUACGAGCAGGUGGAAGCUGAGAUGAAGAAACUGCAGAAAUUCAUCCGAGAAGCCACCAGGACUCAGGACAUUUUGCCCAAAACUGAUAGUGAGGAUGACCUGUGCAUUACUACCACCGUUUCCUCCAGCAUGGACAACCCAUCGCAAGCCCUGAUCCACGAUAUCAACGGUCUGCCUGUCCCCUCAGUGACCGUACAGGUGAAGGUGAAAGCCAGUAGUGUGGUGAAGUCAUCUAAGCUGAGCAUUGGUGUCCAGCCUCCUCUGGCAGUCACUCAGGAGCAGUUUGUCCUUGAGGCCAUGGGUGUUGGUUCAUCCAAAGUCGUGGUGUUUUCAGCAUUUCUCAAUGGGCACUACCCCCCUGCUGACCUCACCGGAGACAUCACUGUGUCCUACAGCUCGCCGACAGAGCUUAACCCUAAAGGAGUUCCCAAGGUCCUCCAGUCCAGGUUCAAUCUUCCUCUGUCAUUGGUGUGUGUUGCUUGUCCUCCACCCAAAGCCACCAAGUUUAAGAUAACUGUGGACACCAACCAGCCACCAGUUGACCUCAGCUCCAUCUUCCGAGAGUUUUCAGCAAAAUCAGAAGAUAAGGAUGGGAAUAGUUUGGCUUUCCAGCUUCUGUCAGGAGCCAGGGUUACUGUGCUAGCCUCCAAGACCUCCCAACGUUACCGUAUUCAGAGCGACAGUUUUGAAGACAUGUGGUUGGUUGUGAAGGAGCUGGUCCACAGGUUUGACCAGCAUUUCUCCAAAGUGGGAAUCAAGGAUUUCAAGAAAAGUUUCAGUGGACCUCUCCCACUGGAGGAGUACUUCCUGUCUGUAGACAAUCACUUCCAGCUGCGCAUCAGUGCUCAGAAAUAUCAGGACCUGCUGUCCGAGCGAGCAGUCCAGUUCAGAGCCAUCCAGCGCCGCCUGCUGACUCGGUUCAAGGACAAAACCCCAGCACCCCUGCAGAACCUUGAUACACUAAUGGAUGCCACUUACAGCCAGGUGAUGGCACUGGCGGAGGCUGCAGAGGAGAACCGGGCACUGCUGGAAGAGGCGUUUGUUCGUCUGCGGAGUGCCACACACCUUCUCGUGCUCCUGCUGUCCCUGUGGCAGGGCCUGACCCCCGAUCAGACCAGCAUCCUGGAGGCCACACUGCUUCCUCUGCUGCAGGACACACCGCAGCUGGGUUGGGAAGAGAGCUGUGAUGCCGCCGUCUCCCACCUCCUACGGACCUGCUUGUCACAGAACCCGAAGGACCAGGCUACUUCUCUGGCACAGACAGGAGGAUCAGUGCUGGGCCUCCCCAGUGACACUGCCCGUCUCAAGAAGCACAUCACCCUGCUUUGUGAACGAAUCGGCAAAGGAGGGCGUCUCACCCUGGCCUCUGAGGCUAAUGUCCAGGUCCCUGCUCAGGUCCAGAAUCUUGCUGUUCCUGGAGGUGUUGAGCCCAUAGCAGAGCUGGCUGGUGAUGGGGAGGAGAUUGAAGUUCCACAGGAGGCGACCAAGUUCAUUAAGAAGAAACAGCCAUCUAAGAAAACCAAGAAAGAAAAAGAGAAGAAAGAGGUGUCCAAGGAACCAUCAGAGGCGAGCGUAAAAGAAGAAGAGCCCAUCAAGGAGGCAAAAAAGGAGAAGAAGGAGUCGUCCAAGGAGAAAAAGGAAUCCAAAAAGGAGUCAACUAAAGAGCCCAAAGAGGAGGCAAAGAAGGAGUCCAAGAAGGAAUCAUCUUCUUCCAAGGAGAAGAAGGAGUCAUCAAAGGAGAAGAAGGAGAAGGAAAAAGAGAAGGAAGGGAAGGAGGCAGGGGACAAAAAAGUGUCCAGGAGAUCAUCAGUUAAAGUGAAAGAGAAGAAGAAGGAGCCAGAGGCUGCGGAGGGUUAAUAGAAACAGUGCGAUAACAUAAUAUGCACACACAUACGGAAACAAAACAUGUCUAAACAGCAUAUACAGACACAAUAUGCACAUCUGGGGGCUCGUACUUAUAAAUAUACAUGUGUUUAUAUACAGUUCACAUUUAAACAUAUACAAAGCCAUGUAAUUCAAUAGGACACAAAUACACAUUUAUAUUCAGUAUACACAAUAAAUACAGUAAAUCGACUCGGUCAAGGUCACAUGUCUUAGCAGCAAAACAGUUUCCUCGUAUAUGGAUAUUUACAUCUUCUAGUAAUAGCUGAUCUCAAAAACACACACACACACACACUCUGCUGAUCCACCACAUCCAGUAGUUUUACUGUACCCAUGGAGAGUGAGGAGGAAGGCAAAGUUGUCCUCCUCUCAGACAUUUUGCUGACUUUCUCCUUCCGCCUCAGCAGCAAUUGAACCCACAGCCCAGUACCUCCCUAAUCCCCAACCACGCCCGGCCCACGCUUACUUCUGGCUGUGACGUCGCACCCGCCUUGUCGCCCCCUCGCAUGGCACCGGGCCUUGCUUGAGCCUCCCCCGUCUGUCCACUAAGAAUAAACCGCCUGACGCGUUCAGCCAUCCUGCUGCUUCCGGGUAAAUCAAGGCCACAUCCUACAUUUGGUUCCGUCGCCACCCCCUCCAACCUGAGGUUUUAUUUUUUUAAAGCUGGGAUACUCAAGGACAUGCGGUGGCUGAUGGACACAUAAUUGUUGCUGCGGGGUCGAACCUGAGACUGUUUUUGUAAGAUGGAAACCAACAGGGUGUUUCCUGAAAAAGCGGCGUGGCAGUCCAGAGUCUACAGGGCCAGUUUAAUACUCCAGCCUUUUCUGCUCAUCCUUAAAUAGUCAGGAACAUUGUGAAGGUAGGCUGGUUUUAACAGCUGCGUACAGCAAUGUUAUCGCAAGAUGUUUGCACCAGAGCAAGAAAUGUCUUACUGCACUGUACUAAAUGAUGUCAAAGAGUCAGUUCAUUUACAGUAGAGCAACACUGCAUAUUGUCUUACUUUGGGUCGUGUCUUGUCUUUGUAAAGUAGAUGUGAGUGCGGAGGGGUUUCCAAAGAUGUCCGACAGCACUUCUGUCUAAGCGCACAGGUCCCUUUACAUUUCAUAGUCGGAAACAUCUUCUCUUUACUCUAAACACCACAGAUACAACCAAGUUCAAACAUUUUUUAAGUUAUUGAGACAAAAAGUAUGCAUAUUUAGGCACCAUGAGAGGGAAGUUCGAAAAAAAUAUACAAUAUAAAUAGAGUUAGCCAGUCCUUUCAUAAAAACACACAAAAUAAGAUAAUUACAGAUGUUCUUUGGUGAGUUUAUCAUACUGGAACCAGCAUGUACAGACUGGUGAGUUUAUUGGUCAGCUUAGAAUUUAAAUGUCUGUACUGGCUGAUCAAAUUUACAGCAUACUAUAUGUGCAACACUGAGCUUAAAGGGUGGAGAUGGGAAUCUGUCUGGACAGUUGAAUUUAAACCAAAAAGCCAUUCACUGAGUCUUUUUUUCCCCAGAUGAAACAAUCACUACUUGUUAAAACAUAUAGUUGCGUCCCUGGUUUAGAGAUUUAUAAACCAAAUAUGUGAUAUUAUAUUGUAAUAUAUAAUUUUGGACACAUUCACUCAUACAAAUCCAUUUAAAACACAUAAAUUUAAUAGCUUGAGCUAUAUUUAAGUCAGAAUUGAAGCUUAUAGACUUCAGCCAUAUGUUCCGUGCCAGCAGCAAUCCCAGUGGCUCUGCACUCCUCUACAAGUCAACUGUAAGCAUCAUGUCUUUAUGUUUAGUUUCAGCCCUUCUGUCUGCUGGGAAAUUUAUAUUUAGUUUGUAUUGUGUAACAGAGUCCCUGUUUGCAGCAGUGCCUACUGCUACUGCUGACUCAUCUGAUCGAAAAAUGACAUAGUAUGGGUGUAUAUCUUAUUUUUUUAUGUAAAUAUUUUAAAAUGUAAACUUUGAGCAGA